AUGGCGGAUUUCUUUAACGUAAGUGACAGUGACGAAAGUAUCGACGAAGUUAUCCAGCGCGACGAUCAGGUAGAAAGGAACACCGCCCAGAUCGAUCCAAAAUGGUUCGAAAUAACCGAUGAUGAAGCUGCAGAGGAACAGCGUGUCGUCCUUUCUCGGCGUGAGAAGUCAUUGAACGAAAUACAGACAAACGCCGAUGUUUUUGACUUCAACGUUGAUCAGGGGACAUGGGUCGGAGCGGAGCAAUCAUUCAAAGAGCUUCGCGAGAAAUCGGAUAUCCACAAGCGGAGAUUUCAGUCGACACCUUUCCCAUUCCUGGAGUGCCUCCGAAACACUCCAGAUCUCAAGACACACCUAUCCGAGAGAGAAUCAUUUGCAAAGCCAGAGGAGUUUCGUUCCCUCAAGGGGCUGAUCAAGGCUGUUGAAGAAGCGAUGGAGACGUACAAGGACGAUAUUGAACGUUUGUACGACGAAGAAGAUGGUGAUGAAGGUGACGAGGAGGAGGCGGAAAAGGAAUUAACUGAAGACGACAUUGUAAAGCAACUGCGGGAGUCCGUGACGUGUACCGGUAAGAAAGCGUCCAAAUACCGUAAGCUUGCUAACGAAUGCAAAAGGAAAGGGUAUAAGGCACUGCAGAUCACGACAUGUGGUAUCGUUGCGGAUGCCCUUCUCGAAGAGGAUAAUCGCGAGGUCUACGUCAGUACCAAAACGUGGGCAAAAUCCUGUGAUACGUUGGAGGAAUGCUUCGGUCUGAUAGUUGAAAAUCCCGGAAUAAGGCUAUCGGACAAAUUUUCCGACAAGCUCAACAAAAGGGAUGCAUUCAUUAAGGGUGGGUUGCAUGCUCUGUUGCAGAGUCUCAGCAAACACCUGCGACGCAUUACGCAAUUUAAAGACGGUAUUCCAUCCGACUAUAUCGAGAUUGUUCACUUGGAGAACCGGCUGGUGGCUAUUGCUGACGCUCUCUUCGGCUAUUAUAGGGAUAACAGCCGCGGCAGAGCGGUUUGUUGCCAGAUUCUUGUUGACAUCCUUGGGUCAAGGAGACAGGAGGCCCACGAGAUUUUGUUUGGCAAGAUGCCUCCGGGACAGCGUGAGGCCGUCAGUGACAGUGUUAUUGAGACAGUGCGAUCGCUCUACGAGCAACUCCUCCUCAUCGGUGAUGACGAGUCCAAAUCACUUGCUCUGCUUCAUUUGGUUUACCAAAUGGGACUAGAAGGGAAGUACCGGGAGGGACGGGAUCUCAUACGACGCUCUGGUGGGGCAGAGAAGCUGUGCAACUCCAACCAUAAUUCUGUCCUCUAUAACAGAGCUGUCGCACAACUGGGUUUGGCAUCCUUCAUUAUGGGUGACAUCAUGCAAGCGUAUGAGCUCCUGAGUCCUUUAUGGAAUUCGUGGGAAGGUCCUGAGGUAUUGAUAGGCCAAAAGCUGCCGAAUUUAAAAGAUGAGAAGGGGGAUGAGGAGUUGAGGUACCGUGAUUUACUACUGCCUCCACACGCCCACAUCCCUUAUAGUCAGCUGGAGCUUGCAACGAUGCUUUCAACGCUUGUAGUCGGCACAGUGGACGAAGCAAAAAAGCCCUACGAGGUUACACACCAUCACCGCUAUUUCUACCGUGUAAUAAAUCAGAUGCAGUUUCAGCCACUCCUGGGCGAGCCUAUCGAGUUCAGAGAGCAAAUAACAGCUGCUUACACUGCCUUGAAGCUGGGUGAUUAUGCGCGCUCAAGUGAAGUUAUCAAAAACAUGAAGGUCUGGGAUAACAUGCCGAGAGGUACUGAGGCACGAGACACAUUUCUACAACGUUUGAAGGAAGCAGCCCUACAGAUAUUCUGUUACAACAGCAGGCGUAGCUUUGCGACGAUAUCCGUGGAGAUUAUGGCCAAGAAGUUUGAUAUAACUGAGAGCACAGUUAAGCAUGUCAUUAACGGUAUUAUAUCAGAAAAUAACACCCCCCUCAUUGCUGUGUGGGACAGAGAUGAUCAGUACCUUCACGUGGAUAGAAGCAACAUUUCACGCCUGCAGUACCUGGUGGAGGCUACUGCGAGAAGUGUGGAAAAUAUUGCCCACUACUGCGAGAAGGGCGGGCAUGGCAACGAUUUCCGUGGAGGACGGGGCCAGGGGUAUAUGCGUGGGGGACGAGGUUUUGGACGCGGAGGUGGCAGCGACUUCCGUGGCGCAGCAGACUACGGGCGCGGCCGGGGGCGUGGUCGUGCUAGAGGAGGGCAGUAA